UUCAGACUGGUUAACGAGUUGUGCGUUUAAAAUUGUUUGCUUCGCGAGUGUGUCUACAUUAACAUUUUUCAUAUGUUGGCAAAAUAAAUUCCAAUAAAUUUUUUUGAGCCAAUCUUCUAUCGUCUUAAUUAGUUGGGAUUCAGUGCUUCGUGAAAGUGCACCCAAAUAUUUAUAUAAAUUUUGGGAUUUUUGUUUUUUUUGUUUUGUUUUUGUUUUAAAUAUUGAAUCGGAAAAAAUAAAUCUUUUCUCGGUUUACCAUAUAUAUGUUCUGUGUUCAUAUUUAAAUAUUAAGCCACUCGAGCUGCAUUAUACAUUGUCAACUGUAAGUAGUUGAUUCAAGCAUCUGCAACGAUGAACUACAUCAUUGCAGCGGUUCUUGCUAUAUUCUCGACGGUACUCAUUGGUAUAUCCGGAUAUUCGGCUACAGCUGGAAAGUACGAUGCGUAUUUUGCGCAACCGAAAGAAGUGAACAAUGACAGUGGCUACAUGAAGAAUUUUUUCGGCAUUUUCGGGAACACUAAUCGAGCUCCAGCACACGAUACACCGCCAAGCCCGUGCAAUUGCAGUUGUGGUGAACGAAACGAUGCAACUCGAAUUGUUGGAGGUCAGGCAGCUGGUAUCAAUGAGUUUCCAUGGAUGGCCCGUUUAAGCUAUUUCAAUCGAUUCUAUUGUGGUGGUAUGCUCAUCAAUGAUCGAUAUGUCGUAACAGCUGCCCAUUGCGUCAAAGGCUUCAUGUGGUUUAUGAUAAAAGUCACAUUCGGCGAACAUGACAGAUGCAAUGAUUCAUCUCGACCGGAAACGCGAUUUGUCCUGCGAGCAAUAGCUCAACAGUUUAGUUUCACUAACUUUGACAAUGACAUUGCGAUGUUACGAUUGAACGACAGAGUGCCCAUUACGGAUUUUAUACGGCCAAUUUGUUUACCUGAAAAUUCAGACAAUCUGUAUUUAAACAUAAAUGCUGUUGCAACCGGUUGGGGUACACUAAAAGAGGAUGGGAAACCAUCAUGCAUACUACAAGAAGUUGAAGUACCCGUACUUUCAAAUGAUCUCUGCGUCAAAGACACCAACUACACCGAUAAAAUGAUCACCGAAAAUAUGUUGUGCGCAGGCUAUCCAGGGGUCGGAAAAAAAGAUUCGUGCCAGGGGGACUCAGGUGGACCACUUAUUGCACAAAGGCUGGACAAACGAUAUGAAUUGAUUGGUGUUGUUUCGUGGGGUAAUGGCUGUGCACGACCUUCAUAUCCUGGAGUCUAUACUAGAGUAACGCGAUAUUUAGACUGGAUUAAAGAGAAUUCCAAAGACGGAUGUUUCUGUAAAGAUUAACACAGAUUGUUUGUUUAACUUAUAGACAUUUUGUAAGUGAAAGAAAUUAAUUUAGAAAUAAAUUUCAAUCGAAAAUUGAUAACAGUGGAAAA